AUGGCCUAUCUCCUGCUCUAUGUGGAUGACAUCAUCCUGACUGCAUCUUCCUCGACAUUGCUACAUAGUUUGAUUGCCUCUCUUCGUACCGAGUUCAGUAUGACAGAUAUGGGUGAUCUUCAUUACUUUCUGGGCAUCUCUGUCACACGCAGCAAGGACAGUUUGUUCCUCUCACAAGAGAAGUAUGCAAUGGAUCUUCUUGACCGAGCUGGCAUGUUGCAGUGCAAACCCAUCUCUACUCCCGUCGAUCCUACCUCCAAACUUUCAGCCAAGUCUAGUGAUCCAGUUGCAGAUCCCACUGAGUAUCGUAGUAUUGCAGGCGGUCUUCAGUACCUAACAUUCACUCGGCCAGACAUCUCUUAUGCUGUGCAGCAGAUUUGUCUUCAUAUGCAUGAUCCUCGAGCUAAUCAUUUGCUCCUUGUGAAGCGUGUGCUUCGCUAUAUCCGUGCCACCACCGGCCACGGCCUCACUUUGUUUCGACGCAGCUCCAACAAAUUGAUGGCUUAUUCUGACGCUGAUUGGGCAGGUUGCCCUGAUACUCGCCAGUCUACCUCAGAUUAUUGUGUCUUCCUCGGCACUAACCUGGUGUCAUGGUCUGCUAAGCGGCAACACAUGGUCUCUGAAUCCAGCGCCGAGGCCGAAUACAGGGCAGUUGCAAAUGUAGUGGCUGAAACAUGUUGGCUACGGCAGCUUCUUCAGGAGCUUCAUCGACCGGUGACUAGUGCCACUGUGGUGUUUUGUGACAAUGUGAGCUCUGUUUACAUGACACAGAAUCCCGUUCAUCAUCAGCGCACCAAGCAUGUGGAGAUCGAUCUACACUUUGUACGAGACUGUGUCACCACAGGCGAGGUCCGGGUUCUUAUGUUCCGAGUUCUUCUCAAUUUGCGGACAUUUUCACCAAAGGAUUACCAUCCCCUCUCUUCUUAG